AUGCCUGAAAAAAGGACUCAAGAAUACAAUCAACUUGUGGAAAAUCCUGACAAGCCUUUUUUGAAGACAAUUACUUCACAGUUUCAAGCUGUUCUUGACAUUUCACUUUUGAAAAUCUUGUCUGGGCAGAGAGAGACCAAACAUUUAACAUCUAAUGUAAAGGCAUUGGAUUGGAGGCUUUUUGAGAAGUUUGACAAUAAACUUGCAGAAAUUGAGAAAAGGAUUGUGAUAAUGAACAAUGAUGAAAAACUAAGCAAAGCAACGUGUAUGGUCCAGUCCAGUGAAGGAGGACGAACUGGCAUAGGGAUUCCUAAUAGCAUCUCAAUUUAA